GCACGCAUGCAUUUUGAUGCUGGUUGUUAGGUGAAUGCAUGUAGUCCAAAAUGCCCGACUGCUGUGCCGCAGCGGACUGUAAGCAGAGCACCAACCAGCCCGACAUCGCCUUCUUCAGGUUCCCUCUGGACCCUGAGCGAUGCAAACAAUGGGUGGGUAACUGUGGCAGACCAGACCUCCAGACUAAAACACCUGAAUACUUACACAGAAACUUCAAACUUUGCUCGAAGCAUUUUGAUGCAUCUUUGAUACACAAGGAAAGCGAGCUUAAGUCUAUUUUGAAGGAUGAUGCAGUUCCAACUAUAUUUAACUUCACAACCAACAAAGACGGCACACAGAGGAGCAGCAGAAAAAGAACAAAACAAACGGUUGCCGAGGAUCCUGUCAAAGCAAAAAAGACAAAAGGUAAUACACAGGCUGCAGUUCCACAGCAGACAGUGGAAGAAGACCCAGGAGAAAACAGUGUGACACAGAAUCCUCCGUUGGAUGAACCAGAGAAGGAUGAUCCUGCUACUUCCAAAGCCAAGGAAACUCUGAAAGUUUACUUCAAGGAAACUUUAGCUUUCACUGGCUUCAGCAUUGGCAACAAUGCUGCGAAGUCGAUGGGGAGUGGUCCUGUUGGACAGCUAACGGUCAACCCCAUCUGUGCAGAAAAAAUUGAUUCAAAAGACGUGCUGAACUUAGGAGAGGAUGUGAUGCGCGAGGAGAUCCGUAACAGUUUGCGCUUGGCCCGCUUCUUCUCCAUUCUUCUUCAAGAUAAAACAAACAUAGAGGGCAAAGAUCAGAUCCCGGUGUUCACACGCACUGUCACCAAUGACGGCUUUCCACAGAAGCACCUGAUGGGAUUUCUGCCCUGUGACGUAGACUCGGACAGUCUGUUCCACAUGCUAGUGUCUGAGAUUCGUGGCAAAUGGGGACUGCGGAUGGAGCACUGUCGAGGUUUCACUUACCUGACGACAGGUAGCCUGUGUCAGAAGCUGAAAGAGCUUUCUUGUAGAAUGCUGAGGGAUUUCCCACAAGUCGUUCUUGCGCCCAGUGACCCUUAUGCAUUCAACAUGUGGCUAAUUCGUUCCCUGCCGGUGCUUCCCAUACAGGAGGUGGUUGAUACUGUAGAAGAAGUUGCUGCCAUGUUGAGGCAGUCUGAGACACUGAUGAAAAAACUACAUGCCAAGAUAACUACAGCAUAUGGUCACAUCAAAGGUGAGGUGGAUCGUGUAAAAGAGGCCUGCCAGAACAACUGGGAAUACGGCACCGAUGCCUUCCAGACCAUGUUGGACAUUCUGGAGCCACUUCUGAACAGCAUAGGAGAAAUGUGCACUAGCGCUUUGUCUGAGGCGGACACGGCAAUUGUGGAACAGCUGCUCAAGCUGAAAGACAAGCUAAAGAAUUUCAACUUCAUCAUCUCCCUGGUGGUUCUGAAGAACACUCUGUGUUGCGUGAGCAUUCUGAAUCCUAGCCUUAGAGGCAUAAUCAGCAUCAGCAGUACUUUGCAAUACACCAUCUCCAAUGCCUUAAAGCUGCUCAACAAACACUUGCAGGAGAUUCCUAUAUUCCACAGAAAGUGGUUCUCUGACGCAGUGGGUCGGGCCAAAAAGCUGGGAGUGCCAGUCACUCUCCCGGUGGACACUGCCACUAAUGGAGAUGGCGAGGCAAAACCCCAACCCUCAGCAGAAGAUUACUACAGGGAAACACUGAGCAAGAUGAUCCUGCAGUAUCUCAUCGAUGAGGUCAAGAGGGUCCUGGGCAUUGAGAUGGUCAGAAUCUUAAGAUGGCUAUCUUUAGUGCCGUCAUACAUGGCUGACCACAAUUUCAGCAUCCGCAAAGACAAGGUGGCUGAUGCUAACCUGAACAACCUGGCACGCCCAGACUCCUUCUAUGAUGAGCUGGGCUGCUGGGAGGUGAAGUGGAGGCACGCCAGCAAGCGGAGAAUCCUGCCCACCAGUGUCUUUGCCACCUUGAAAAUCCCAGACAUUGGCUUCUAUCCCAAUGUGCAGAGCCUGCUGAGAGUUCUAGGUUCGAUUCCUUGUAUUAAUGCAGAUGCAGAUGUGUAUGGACAGUAUGACAUGGUUUUGGACAGAUAUCAUUCCUACAUGAAGGAGGUGCCAGCAGAGAAGCGACUGUGCAACAUGGCAUUUGUUUAUGUCAAUCAAGAUGUACACUUCAACAUUGAGGAUAUGGUGCAGUCAUAUGUGGAAAAUCAUCCGGACAUUCUGCAGCUGCUUUGUAAGGACGAAGUGAUGGAAGUUCAACCUUCAGCAUCAGAAAACAAUGCAAAUGAUGCUUCAAAGGAAGAUAUGGAGGAACCAAGAGAAAUGACCUUGGAUAUGGAAUUGGAGACACAGAAACCAGCUGAUUGUACAGGGACUGAUAAAGAGGCAUUGAAGUCAGCCUUGCUGGCUGCGGUCACUGCAGCCUGCAACAGCCAAAGCAGGCAGUCUCAGGGAGGCCAGGAGGGAGAAGUUGAAUAUGUGACAAAAUCAGAAAUGAACGAAGUUUUGAAAGUAUGCGAGGACGUGGUACGCGAAGGGGUUCUUUCUGAGGUCGGUAAUUCUUUCUUCUCCUUGUUCAUUGAUCGGGCAGUGAGGUUAGGAGAAGGAGACUUUCUCCCCUUGUUUCUCAGGUUUGUGGAUAGUUUUGAUGUCAUGCGGCUGGAGCUGCUGGGAUUUGUGGAUGCGAGCCUUGAUACCGAAUCUAUGUGUGAGCGUCUUUUUGACGUUGUCACCAAAGAGUGGCGUCUUGAUUUGAAAUAUUGCCGAGGCCAGGCUUAUUUGGGUUCAGGUGAAGUCUCUUACAAGCUUAAGGCUUUCGCCUGCAAAGUACAAGAGAUGCACCCUCUUGCAAUAUGCACUCACUGCUCUUGUUACUCUUUUAAUACCUGGUGGUCAAGGUCUGUGCCUGUGGCCUCAGUCUGCCGAGCCAUUGAUACAUUAGAGAAGAUAGUGUUGUUUUUCAGCAGCAUGCCUGAACUGGAAAAAGAGCUAGACCAGGUCUUAGCUGUUGGUCUAAGGGAGAGCUAUGAGAAAGUCCACGAACUUCAAGGGACAUUCUGUUCCUCUUGGUUAGAGAAGCAUGACUCUUAUGAUGUGUUUGCUCUGAUUCUGGAACCAUUAGCACAGUGUCUAGAGUCCUUCCAGAGCCACAGUCCACAGAGUUGGAGUUUGUCCGUAAUUAACCAAGCCAAGAAACUCCUGCAACUGAUUCGGGACUUUGAUUUCAUUGUAGCUUUAGUUGCCCUGAAGAACGUCUCAUCCUUCACCAGAGAACUGAGUGCGGCACUACAGAAAGAUCAUUUUAGUGCUGCCUCACAGCUCUGCCAAAUCAGUGGCAUUGUAGCCACACUCAACCGAGUCAAGACCAACAUCAAAGUAUUCCACCAAAACUGGUUUGAUGAAGCCUGUGCCUUUGCUCAAAACCUGGGUGUGCAGAUUAAAGUGCCUGAUGGUGUAACCUUUCCAAGGGACAGCCUGCUAAAACCAGGCGGAUACUACAAAGAUGUAGUCAGCCUCCCCUUAGUUGACCACCUUAUCAACUCUGUCAAAGAUCAUUUCUCUGAUGACCACAAAGAGGCACUCAACUUCUUAUCCCUUGUCCCGUGUUCUGUGACCGUCAGCUACACUUUUGAAAGCCUGAAGUCAAAGCCUCCUUUAUAUGUCGGUGACCUUCCAGACCCUGACAACUUCUUCACAGAGUUGUCUUGCUGGAAGGUAAAAUGGAAGACCAAAGUGGUCUCUCCGACUAUACCGGACACUAUUUUUCAGACUCUUCGCUUACCAAUCAUGCAGUACUUUGCCAACAUUAACACAUUGCUAAAGAUCAUGUGUGUCUUGCCAAGCACUGCACUGGAAUACUGUGGGGAAGUGAAGCGCCAUAAAAUGUUUCAAGACUACUUGAGGAACACCUAUGCCAAAGACAGGUCUCCAUGUUUAGCCAUGCUGCAGGUGGGCGCAAACUUCAACAGGGAUCUGGACAGGAUGGUAACCCAGUGCUUGAAAGUCACUCCAAAAACACUGGAGGGCAUCUGCCUGGACAAAGAGUCUAAAAGUCUCCUGAGGAAUUCUGAAGUAAAGGAAGUAGAUAACCACAAAGAUGAGGUAGAGGAGAUGGACACUCAGCAGAUCUUCCCCAAGGACAAAGCAUCUGAAAUAUUCCCAGAACGUAAUGAUGUAAAGGCAGAAGAUAACUACAAAGGUGCUGUAGAAGAAAUGGACACUCAGCCAGUGUCAGAAGCACUUAUGACAGAACAGCAGGUGAAGCCUUUGGAUGAGAAUGGCCACGCUGGCAAACCUGCGGACAAUCUUCAAAGCAGCGAGAGAGUCUUUAGAGUGGCAGCCAGAAUGGCCCGGAGAAACUGCCUGUUUUUAGAACUUCCAAAGGAAGAGCAAGACUGCAUCAUUCAAGAGCUUAGCAUGUGUCACUGGAGUCAGGAGAAUAUUAAGUGCUUAUCAGAUGGGGAAAUAUUGGAGAAUUUUGUUAAGUCCAUCAGGGAAACAAUCCUCUGUGAAGUUCAAGAGUCCCCAUUCUUUUCCAUUAUCACUGAUAAAAUGGUCUCGGUGGAUGACAAGAAGUACUUCCCUGUCUUUGUCAGGUAUGUUGAUGAUUGCACACCUAAAGUGGAGCUGUUAGGGUUCUUGCCCUUUGAUGGAAGUGCUGAUGCAGAUGUUCAAGCCAAGACUCUUUCAGACACUCUCAUAGAGGAAUGGGGACUCCAGAUGGGCUGCUGUCGUGGCCAGUCCUUCAUGUGUAUGGGUGCUAGUAGUCAUAGUCUUAGAAAAAUGUCAUUAGACUUCUUGGCCAGCUAUCCUCUUGCCAUCAACACGCCUAGUGAGUCCUGUGGACUUGCCUAUUGGCUGGCUGUAAGCCUUCAUAAUGACCCCAUCACUAAGGUUCUUGGUGUGGUUGAGGACCUGUUACUUUUCUUUGAUCAGUCACCAAGACUGCAUAUUGAGCUUUCCCAGACUAUGGAGGGUCUCUUGAAUACUCCUCGAGAAGCUCUUGCAGAGGUCCCAGAGACCUGUUUGUCGAGGUGGAAAAAAACUGAAGAUUUCUUUGACAUUUUGGUGGACAUGCUAGAGGGAGUUCUCAGUUGCUUGGACUCUGUUAGUAACAAUUCUAAUGGUUCAUGGAGUAAUAGCAUGUCAAUACAUGCCCUAAUCCUCUCUACUGCCAUUAGGGAGUCUGAUUUUGUCAUUCCUCUUGUGAUCCUGAAAAAUGCCUGUGCUCCACUACGUAAUUGUAGCACGGUGUUCCGUUGUGGAAAUCCAGCUGACAUUAUGUGUGAGCUGGAGAAGAUCCCUCUUAUAGUAGAGUCCCUGAGUAAGAUGCUGGAGAAUAUAAAUGCAGUGCAUGCUGUCUGGUUUGAGGAGGCAGCACAGCUUGCUGCUAAAGUUGCUGGAGGACUGUCUUAUCCAGAGGCAGUUGGCAGCUAUGAGGCACCAGAGGUGGGCUACAGAGAAACAGUCAGCAUACCUGUUCUGAGUGGUCUGAUUGAAGAAAUGAAGUUUAACUUUUCUGAAUGUCACCUGAAGGCCCUCAAGGUUCUCUCGCUGCUUCCAACCUGCAACCCUCUGCCUAUUUUUCCGGAGGCAACAGAUAAACUCUACACCAUCUAUCAAAGUGAUCUACCUGAACCAGACACAGUAGAAGAUGACAUAAAUACCUGGGCUACUGCUUGGCGAGAAAAGUAUCAAGACAUCUCACCACCGGCCUCCAUCUCUGAGACUCUCCAUCAUCCCGAGGCUAGAAGUCAUCCUAAUGUUACCGCCCUCCUCAAGCUUGUGGCUGUGCUACCUAGCAUUAGCAUGGAGUGUGAUUUAAUGAAGACCACUCUUAACUCUUUGAGAUCCUUUCUCAGGAAUGACAUUGUCUGCAGGGGUAGUAAGACUGACACAGUAAUGCUCCUUAUGCAUCGCAAGGCACUGCAGACUUUGGAGGAUGUGAUUGACAGGUGUAUGGAAAAUGACCCAGAGUGUCAUGAGUUUCUCUGUCAGAUGAAACAGAACGUCUCCACUAUGAGAAUGGAUGGUGAAGUUAUUGCGUUUGCUUCAGAAGAAAUAGCCAUUAAGACUAAUGGCUCUGGUGGUUCAGAGGAAGCACAGGACACAGCUCCAUCCAUCACAGAAGAUCAGCCUGAAACAGCACUUCAAUGUGACGUUAAAGAACUCAGUCCUCCUGCACCAAAUAUCACUGUGACUCCAGAGGAUAGUGCCAUAGAAACAGAUGAUUCAACUGCUCUAGAGAGGAGGCAGGAGUCGACAACUACAGUUCUAGAUGGCAGUGAAGGUUUGUCUGCAGUGAGUCCAUUUGCAGAGGCAGCAGGACAUCAGGAUGUUUCAGAGGCAACAGCCCAGGAUAUCAGGGUUGUUACACUGGACCUCACAACUGUAGGGCAAGGUGUCACAACAGAGGCUGUAACAGUGGCAGCCCAGAAUGUCUCCACAGAGCCCAUCACUUCAGCCAAGGACAUCAAAGAAGCAGUGCAAGAUGUCACCACAGAAUCUUACACAGCAGAUGAGGUUGUCACUAUAAAUCUCACACCAGUAACUCAAGGCCUCACAACAGAAGUGGAAGACCAAAAUGACACUACAGAAUCUCUAACAGAAGGGACAACCCAGGAUGUCACCACAGAACCUGUGACAUCAGCCAAAGAAGCAGUGCAAGGUGUUGUCACAGAGGCUGUAACAGAAUCGACAGCGGAAGAGGUCAACACAGGGUUUGUUACAGCAUCUGAGGUUGUAACUGUGGAACUUGGAGCAGCACAGGUUAUUUCCACAGAACCUGUAUUGGAACUGUCAUCUCAGGCUGUAGACCCUGUAACAACAGCCCAGGUUGUAACUUUACAACCUGUUACAGCAGCUGCAGAUGUCACCUUGGAACUCUCACUAACACAGGACACACGAACCACAGAGCCUGUAAUGGAAGAAACAGUCCAAGAUGUCACCACAGAUCCUCAUGCAGCAGCAGAGGUUGUCCCCAUGGAGUUCACUGAAGAAGCACAGGGUGCUGCUGUGCAGCAUUCUGCUGACACAGCUUCUAUAACAGAACAGCCAGCCCAGGGUGUAACUGCAGAGCUGGUUACAGUAGAUGAGGAUCUCACUUUGAACAUUAGAGAAACACAGGGUAUAACCCCAGACCCUGUAGUAGAACCAGCACCUCAAAAUGUUGCUGUAAUCCCUGUCAUGGCAGUCCAGAAUGAAACCACAGAGACUGUUAAAGCAGCUGAGGAUGACGUUCUGGAUCUAUCGGAGACAACCCAUAAUAUUAGUACAGAGGCUGCUAUUGUUGCCAGUGUUUCAAAGGAGCUUGCAACGACUGAACAAGAAAUGACCAAACCGGUCACAGCAGCUCGGGGGAACACCAUUAAGCCAGCUGUUCCAGCAGAGUCUACAGUAGCAGUCCAGUAUGUAACCACAGAACCUGAUACAGCAGCUGAAGAUGCCCCCAUGGAGCUCACAGAAGUAGCACGGCAUGCUGCUGCAGAGCCUCUAAAAGAACUGGCUGCCCAGUUUCUCACAACAGAGUCUGAAACAGUGGCUGAGGAUGCCCCCAUGGAUCUUACAGAAGUAGCAGAGGGUGCUGCCACAGAGCCUGUAACGGAACUGGUAGCCCAGGAUGUUGCAGCAGAGCCUAUUGCAGCAGUUCAGGAUGAUCCCAUGGAUCUUACAGAAAUAGCAGAGGGUGCUGCCACAGAGCCUGUUACGGAACUGGUAGCGCAGGAUGUUGCAGCAGAGCCUAUUGCAGCAGUUCAGGAUGAUCCCAUGGAUCUUACAGAAGUAGCAGAGGUUGCUGCUACAGAGCCUGUUACGGAACCGGUAGAACAGAAUGUUGCAGCAGAGCCUAUUGCAGCAGUCCAGGAUGAUCCCAUGGACCUGUCAGAAGCAGCACAGAUUGCUGCCACAGAACCGGUAACAGAACUGGCAGCUCAGAACGUCACCACAGAGCCUGUUGCAUCAACUGUGGAUGUUACACUGGAUCUAUCAAAUACAACAGGUACUGUCAAUACUGAGGCUACUGCUCUUGCCACUGUUGUUUCAGAAGAGCUUGUGAAAACUGAACAAGGUGAUGUCACAGAGCCUAUAACAGCAUUCCCAUGGGAUUACCACUGAGGCAGAUGCAGAAGCAAGUCGGGGUGUUAGUGUUGCUUUCACAACAGAAGUCCAAGAUCUAACCCUGAAGCAAGUAA